AUAAUAGGGAAAAUUACGUUAUCUGUUGAAAACAAAACGUGUGCAAAUUGUUUAAGUGACAAGAACAUACUAAAUAGUUCACCAAAUAUUGUUUUAAACACUGUUCAGAUUUGCAAUAAAGAUAAGACUGGUUACACCUGGUAAUAGCGUAGGGCGCUUUCGUGGCGCGUUGGUGAUGUAGGACGCUGUAAACAGAUAUUUGAACAUCCGUUAGCAAUAAAAGGCGGUUAGAUACGGAUCAGAUACAUUAAUUUGAAUUGCCCCUAAAAUUCAAAUACUUCACAAAAUGGAUAUAUCGUGCUAUGUGAAUGUACCACUAGUUUUACAGCGCAAAGAUAAUACUUUACAAACACGUAGGAAACAGUGGGAGAGGAUUUUGAUUAACAGUUCAAGGUAUAUAGAGGAAGUAAUAAGAAUGCAACAGUUGACCGUUGCAAAAAUAAAAGAAUUACAAGCAACAAGCAGAAUGUUAUCUCAAGAAUGCAACAAAGUAGAGGUGAAUAUUUAUACAUUGAAAAGUAAGGAGCUUGCAAACAAAGAAGAGAUACCCUCUUUGGAGUCUACAAUCUUAGAGUUAAGAAAGGAGAUCGCAGUAGAGACGGAAGGUCAGCAGGAUUUGCUUGUGAAGAAAAGCAAGGCAGAAGCAGAAAAAGAACAAUUUCAAAAGGAACUGGUAAAAAAGCAUGAGAUAUUUUUGAAGGCCAUGGCAUAUUACAAGAAGAAAUUGAAUAUAAGACUCAGAUUUGAUGAAAAUGAAGUAAUCCUUGUCCACUUUCUGAACAUCUCUGCACCAGGAUGCCAGAUGUGUUCUCUGAAGCUGAGUAAUUCUGAUGGAAGAUGGAGUCUGCUUGAAAUGGAACCCGUUUUACCUUGUGAGAAGGAUCUGGCAGAGAAACUGGAGACAACACAGGACACGCAGGGUUUCAUAUCACACGUUCGCAAGCUGUUCAUCCAAAUGUCCAGCAGAAAGAAGAAGCAUGCAACUGAGAAGAAAGUAUCCAAGAAAUCUUGAAUAUGCAAUCAUGACUUCAUGUCCUGCAGGAGAAACAGAGGGACAGUAUUUUGAAAAUUGUUGCUAUAUCAAUGAAGCGAAAUAAAAGUUGCAGGAAGUAGGAAGAGACACAGUGACCCAUCUUAUGUUCCAUGUUUCUACUAUGCCAUGAAAUCAUUCGCUUAGCAAAAAAAGGUUGCCUUUCAUUUUCCAUUGUACGGUAAAACCUCAUUUGGCUUGAAUUAAGUGAGUUCGAAUUAUCCACCUUCUAUAAAUUUCACCUGUUGAGCACUGUAAUUCGUACCUGAAAUGGCUAACAGUGCUAAAAAAAAGUCAUGGAUAUCCCCCUUCUCCACUGACAUUAUGACCCGGAUGCCAAUGAGGAAGGGCAAACUUCAGAGUGCUGAAAGCUGCAUCAAACUUUUCAUUCCUUUUCCAGUAGAUCUUUCUGCUCUUCAUCAAAUUUGUAAUUAUCAUUCCCAGACAAGGAAAGUUACUGACUUGAAUUUUGUAGUGUCUUAAAUUAUUCCAAGUCAAGUUAACAAAGUUGUAUUUUAAGUAUUACAUUAUCAUUAUAGACCUUCAAACUGUUUUCAUGUCCUACAUUUUUAGAAUUAAAUAAUUAAAAUUUCAAACUAACUGACCAUUUUAAUUAAUUAAAGGAGCGCAACGUGCAGAUGCUUUAGAACUUUGCAGUGAUAGGGAAUGGAGACUUCCAUAGUCACUAUGUCCACAAGUUUGUGUUUCCCCUAAUAAGCUUUGAGCCAACUGAUGAGGUUUGUGGUUGUCACGGCAGCAAGUACUAAGAUUGCAGGGAUGUGUCAUCAUGUACCUGUCUACAAAACUACACAGCAAUAAACCGUUCCAUCUUCUGGGAAAUAUAAUGCUGCUACAUGGUGUUAUAUCCCAGAAGAUAGAACUCUUCAUAACCACCACCAUGAGAAAGACCGUAAUACUUCGUAUGAAAGCCAUGUUAUUGAUCACCAGACAGGUGUAGCAGAUGGGAACAUCUGCAUCAUGCCUGAAGUUGUGUAUGAUGAUGAUACAGGAAACUUGCAAAUUUUGUUAUGACACCAGCAACAUGACUAAUGCUUGAAAAGGCUGAAUGCUGAAUGUCAUAAUUCAGUUAUGUGAAAUUUGGUUUCUUGACAUCUAAUGGAAGCAGCUCCCGAGGAAUAUAGAUGUAACCAGAUAGUCUGGGUAUUGAAUGUAUAAGGGGUGGGCCUUCUUGGCCCUUGCACCGCAACCUACAGUGAUCAAUUGUGCUUCCCCUUUUGAUUAUCCCCUCAGCAAUCCUGCGCUUUGAAUGAAGCAUAGGAUUUUGUAUGUGGCGGCAUUGAAAUAGUCACUUGGUUCCAUAAAGUAUUGACCCAAGUGGCGCAAUCUUAAAUAAGCUAAGGCCUCAC